UACCCCUUUUGUUCCCUUCUCUAUCAACACUACUCUCAUGUCCACUUUCAUCUAAAAUUAACACUCUUACAUAUCUUCCUAUCUUUCCCAUUCUUGAUUUCUUGUUUUCUAUUGCAAGAUGAGCACUAUUUGUGCUGACCAACACAAGCUUUACCACUCCCAUCAACUCUUUUCAUCUUCUUCUUCCAAGAAACCCUUCAAAGACCUUGAUAUCCCUCCAAGAAAACUCCUCCUUGGCAAGAAAACCCUCCAAGAAUCGCCUGAUAUUAUGUCCCCUUGUUAUAAGUCUAAUCUCCAAAAGUUCCUUCCUUUUAAUGACGCUACUAAUGGUGACCAUGAUCAUGGCAAAGUUUCCAAUGAGGACUUGGAUCCUUACUCUUCUGAUCAUUUCCGCAUGUAUGAGUUCAAGGUUCGCCGAUGCAAUCGCAGCCGCAGUCAUGACUGGACUGACUGCCCUUUUGCCCACCCUGGUGAAAAGGCCCGCCGGAGAGACCCCAGGAAGUACCACUACUCCGGUACAGUCUGUCCUGAGUUUAGACGCGGAGCUUGCAGCCGAGGUGACACCUGUGAUUUCGCUCAUGGUGUGUUUGAGUGCUGGCUUCACCCUUCUCGCUAUAGAACUGAAGCUUGCAAAGAUGGCAAGAAUUGCAAGCGAAAGGUUUGCUUCUUCGCUCACUCUCCUCACCAACUUCGAAUUCUUCCUGAGGUUUCAUGCGAUGCUGAUAAAUACGAUAAGAGUUUGGUCUUACCUUGUUCUUCUCUUAACCAUGGGCAUUGCUGCUGCUUGGCUUGCCAUUCUAUGAUUUCCUCUCCUACUUCUACUUUACUGGGUAUGUCCCACCUGUCGCCGCCAUUGUCUCCGUCGUUGUCACCGCCUCUAUCGCCUGGGAAACAGCAGUCAAUAAAUGGGUUUUCUCCAAUUUCUCGAUAUAGUGAUCGUUUGAGCAAGCUCAGGUCUGGACUUAUGAGCUAUAAAGAUGUAUUUACAGAGCUAAUGACUUCUUUGGAGGCCAUGAAUGUCAAUAAUGAAGCAGCAGCUUCUGGUUCUUCAUCAAUUUCUUUUUCUGCAGCCAGUAACAGAAGUACAAACACUCCUUGGAUGGAUUCUUCAUUCAAUGGCGAAGAUCAUCAUCAUCAGCAGUUGAUUCUUUCACCUUCAACCCCAAACCCUCGUGGGUCAAGGAAUUUUUUCAGUGGAGAUUGUUCAAGCAAGGGAUUUAAUAUUGAUGAAAAGAUCAAUAACAAUGAUGAUAAGAAUGGAGGUGCUGAUCCUGAUCUUGGAUGGGUGAAUGAGCUCUUGAUGUAGAGGUUGCAUGACUGAUUGGGAAUUAAUAUGUACAUAAAGUGGUGCACCAGCCGUAUAUAUACCAUUAUAUAUAUGAGAUUUGGUGUAAAUUAAUGGGUAUUAUUGUUUUUUUUUUCUCCUUAUUUUCAUGCAAGAUCAUGUUGAUUUUCAAGUUGUUUCAUUUUAUGAUGAAUUUUGUUCUUCUUCUUGAAGAAGAGAAUGAUAUAUAUAUGCAUCUAUCUUUUGUACUGAAA